AUGGACAUAACAAGCCAAGAAUUCCAGACACUAUACAGUGCAAUGUCAGCCUUCGUCACAGAAUGCAUGUCAGGGCACGACCCAUCCCACAAUCCAGCCCACGUCCACCGGGUAGUAGCCCUAGCUGAGAAGAUCCUGGCCUCAGAGCAACGUCAAAACCCAACUAAACAAUUCAACGCCGCAGAAGUCAAACUAGGCGCACUACUACACGAUAUCGGCGACAGAAAAUACAUCUCCAAACUUGAAACCGCAUCCGGCACAGAAGUCGUAGACCCAACGACGAUGGUGCAACAUGCACUACUCGCACAAGGCGCGAGUGCAGAUCUCGCAGCACGAGUACAAACAAUCGUCUCGCACGUCUCCUACACAACCGAGUGCAAAGAUCCAUCUGUGAUCAAGAGACUUAUUGAAGAGGGGUACGGCGAGUUGGCGAUUGUGCAAGAUGCAGAUCGGCUUGAUGCCAUUGGGGCAGUUGGUAUUGGGCGGUGUUUCACUUUCCUGGGUGCUGUUGGGAAGAAGUAUUGUGAGGAGGGGAAGUGGGAGAUGGGGAAUUCGAUUGAGCAUUUUGGGGAUAAGUUGGAGAAAUUGGAGGGGAUGAUGAAGACUGGGUCCGGGAGGGAGAUGGCGAGAAUUAGGACGGAGAGGUUGAGAGUUUUUAGGGGGUGGUGGGAGGAGGAGAUGGAUAUCUGA